GUCGGUGGAAUGUUAAAGAUGAUAUUCGCGUGUCAUUUUGUGGCCUUACUGCUGAUCACAUGCUUCCUUAUCCAGUGUCCAGCACGAGAUUUUGUCGGUAUUAAUCUCAGUUAUCAAGUCGAGAAAGUAAAAGGCGCCAAUGGUGGUUUGUAUUCAACCUGCAAUGCGGAUUGCUCAUGUAAGAGCGACUGGAAUCCGGUUUGUCAUGAAGCGUCAGGAUAUACGUUCUAUUCAGCGUGUUAUGCCGGAUGUACGGAACAAACUGUUAAUUCAUCGGGUACAUUUUGGGACGAUUGUAAAUGCUUGGACGAGAUGGCAUCGUUGGGACGUAAUCCUUUAUUAAGUAGUAGUGAUAAUCUGAGGCAAGGAUUCUGUGAGAAGAAAUGCGGUUAUGGAGAAUGGAUAUUUCUGUUUUUGUUAUUCCUUUCUGUUGUUGCCAGCUUUGCUUCUGGUAUACCCUCGCAACAGAUAAUGUUGCGUGUUGUUCCGUUCCAGCAACGUACACUCGGGAUUGGCGUUCAUUGGACGUUCCUUCGCCUAUUAGCUGUUGUUUGUAAACUAGUUUCAAUAUUGGCCGCAAUUCUCGGCUAUAUGACAUACAGGCCGAACGACCUAGACAACGGUUUGUCCGUACAAACGGCCGAUAGUCGAGGGCCGCUCUCUCUGACUGUGAAUGAUGAUCGACCCGUGAUUAACAGUAAAGUUCUCGAAAGUAUUGAUGGUGCCGAGAGCUGA